GAAGGAAGUCUUACCUACCUAGUUCAGUUCCUGCUCCAGCAUCCUCCUUUCAUCAUGUUGACCCACGUUGUAUGUCUUGACAGGGACUCAUCAUUCAGCAGCCAACAACGCCGGAUUACCGCCGUGUACCGUGCAACUAUGCCGCCCAACGACAAGGCAUAGAUGGCAAGGUCCGGACGGAAUCAUGAUAAACUGGUCAGUAUAAGUAGGUAUAUGUAGAGCAGCCUGCUCCUGCUCGCUGAACAACCAGAGAACAGAGCCAUCAAGCCGAUCAAUCCUCAACGCUCGUACUCUUUUCUACACCCUGCCCAGGACAGCAAUAUUCUAUUGCCCAACAUGCAAGGCAACCUGUUCAAACUCUUCGCUAUCGCUGCCGCGUUUUCGGCUGUGCACUCUGCCCCGGUAGAGACUGCCGAUGUCACCAAGGCACAUGUCAACGGAACGCAGGUCGACGGACCUCAAAUCAACGGAACUCAGAUCAGUGACAGUUUCAGGGUUGCUGGAGUACGUGCUUUGCCCCAGCGUUCGCAAAAGAACUUAUACAAUGCUUUCUAUCGCUUCUCUGAAAGACUGACACUAACCCUCCAUCUUCUCAGGUUGAGAAAACUUGCUAUAAGAGGGACCUCCCUCAUAUUAGCGAAAGAGCGAAGGAGGGAGAUAUUUUCAAGCGGGCUUGCAAGGGCUAUACCUGCUGGCACAAAGAUCAGUGCAUUGCUUGGGGAUGUAAGGAGUGCAAUCUGUUCUUUGACGGCUGCGGCAACUCAUGGACUGCUUGCUGGUAGUGUAGAGGUAUAGUUGAAGGAUUCGUCACUAUAGAGGAGAAGUAUGGACAUAUUAUAGCGGAAAAAUACGUUUUAAAAUAUUCAAUAUAUAAGCGGUACCGCCUCGGAUUCUAAUAUUAAUUUAAC